AUGAUACUUUCUGAAUUUGAUGCAAGCCCAUUUGGGUCAACCUCAAACGCUAAAGCGCUGUCCAAAUACGGAACACCCGUCGAAGCUAUUUCCUCAGUUAUCUACAAUAACGUGGAUGAUAUCUUUGUCUAUAAGACCUUCUCCGAAGAAGAUUUGUUAUACGGGUCUAUUAAGAAUUGGGCUCACCAAGAGCAAAGCAAACACUUUCAGGAAUUAGAUAUCAGAUCUGGUGCUGGCUUAUCACCACUUGGUUUUGCUAGCGGUUUGUCUGUGUCAAAACUUGUUGGCAUUGUGACACCAGGAUAUGCUUUACCUUACUUUAUUAAUACUUUCAAUGCAACCAAGCAGACAAAAUCAAGAUUUUUCUUCAACGUGGGUGCGCUGGGCUACAAUCAAAAGACUGGUUCUAUCACUACUGACUACGUGAGCGCUCUGGAUGCCGCAUCCAAAUUGGGAUUUAACGUAAUUUCUCCUAUCUCCACUAAUGAGGUACAAGCCACAACUUUGUUGUCCUUAGCUGUCGCUAAAUUCGGAAAUACUGUCGGUACUGUUAACUUAUUCGAUGGGGUUAGUUAUUCCAAGUCUAUUUUACCAAUUACAGAGGAUAUCUCCAAAUAUUCUGGCGUCUUUAGAGCAUUAGAAAAAGUGCUUCCACCUAAUGCUUCCUUCGACGAAGUUUUGUUCAAAUUUAAUGAAUUAACUGGAUUAAGAUUAUUUAAUUUCCAUUAUUCAGGUAAGCAAGAUGUAGAAACUGUUUUCGUUAUUCACGGUUCAUUGGAAUCUGAACUAUUUACACAGAUCGCUAAAGAUAACGAAAAGAUUGGUAUUUUAUCUGUCAGAGUCCCUAUACCAUUCGAUAUUGAAAAAUUUGUAACAAAGAUUCCAAAAACUACAAAGAGAAUUGUUGUUGUUAAUCAAACUUUGAGUACUUCCGCACCAACGACGUUAAAAUCACAGGUUUCUGCGGCCUUAUUUUAUCAUGGUAAUAAAAAUAUCAUAGUCUCAGAGUUCGUUUACCAACCCGAUUUUAUCUGGUCACCAUUGGCAGUUGAAAAAAUCAUUUCAUCCUUUGCUCAGGAUUUCCAGGCUGUUUGUUCUCCAGAAUCAAAAAAUUUCAUAUUUUGGUCUUCUGAUAAGAGCGUAAAUAUCAAUAUUGCUCCUACUUUAGCUGAAUUUUUGUCCAAUGACAACACAAAGGCUCUCUCUUUAAGGUCCAAAUUCGAUAAUGUUACAAACGCUGGUAUUUUCCAAGCCCAAAUCAGUUAUGCGCCAAAGGACAAUUUUUCAUUGAUUUCUAAUAUCGAUUUUGCUGAUGUCAGCAUUGUCGAAGACGUAACUUUGUUGAAAAAAAUUGAUGUAAAUGCUACCAUUAAAAAAGGUGGUUCUAUCAUCAUAUUAUCGUCGAAGUCUCUAAAAAACCUGAACUUUAGCCAACUUGAAACUUUUACCAAGGACCUGGGUAUACCUGAAUCCUUCUUGGUUGCUGCAAUUGAAAACGAAAUCAAUUUCACUUUUAUUGACCUAGAAGCUUUGAAUGAACAAGCCAUCGAACUGACCCAUAUUAUUGGGUACACAGUUUUAACCAAAUGCUCAAGUGCUUCUCCUGAAAAAUCUUCCAAACACGCCAUUCAACUUAACAUCGAUGAAACUUCCCUUGAAACUGCUUUAUUGAAUGCCGUAAAGAAUGUGUUUUUUACGAAUAUUCCAAAAAUUGAAGCUACGUCUGAAGAAACAGAAGAGUUACCAAUCUUCAUCACAGAAACUUCAUUUACGCCAAAUAAUAGUGAGAUUCAAGGCACAAAGCCAGCCCAAAUUUCGAAAUCAAAGGAAAUCGCCAAAAAAUUGGCAUUUAAGGAAGCAUUUGGUCUCGAGAAACAUGUAAGACCUGACUUACCUGUCAAGAAUUUUAUCGUUAAAGUUAAGGAGAACAGACGUGUCACACCCUCUAAUUAUGACAGAUACAUCUUCCAUAUUGAGUUCGACAUCACUGGUACAGGUUUAAAAUACUAUAUUGGUGAGGCUCUCGGUAUCCACGCCAGAAAUGACGAAAAACAGGUUUUGGAUUUCUUAAUCGGCUAUGGAUUGAAUCCAGAGGACAUUGUCUUAGUCCCAAAUAAGGAUAAUUCCGAUUUACUCGAAUCAAGAACUGUAUUGCAUGCAUUCACUGAAAAUCUAGACCUUUUUGGUAAACCCCCAAAGAAAUUUUAUGAAACUUUGUCAGAAUUUGCUGAAGACGAAAAAGACAAGAAGAGGCUGCAAGAAUUGGUCUCAGCAGAAGGAGCUGUUGAACUGAAAAGAUAUCAAGAUGUUGAAUACUAUACGUAUGCAGACAUUUUCCAAUUAUUCACAUCUGCUAGACCUUCGGUAGAACAUUUGGUUACAAUGAUUUCGCCAUUGAAGAGAAGAGAAUAUUCCAUUGCCUCAUCUCAAAAAGUGCACUCUAAUGAAGUUCACCUGUUAAUUGUUGUUGUUGACUGGAUUGAUAACAGAGGAAGAAAAAGAUUUGGUCAAGCAUCCAAAUUUAUUUCGGAUCUACAAAUUGGACAGGAAGUUGUCGUCAGUGUUAAACCAUCAGUGAUGAAGCUACCACCGCUACCAUCUCAACCAGUCAUUAUGAGUGGUUUAGGUACCGGUUUAGCUCCUUUUAAAGCUAUCGUAGAAGAAAAAUUGUGGCAAAAACAACAGGGUUACGAAAUUGGCGACGUAUUCUUAUAUCUUGGUUCAAGACAUAAGAGAGAGGAAUAUUUAUAUGGUGAGUUAUGGGAAGCUUACAAAGAUGCUGGAAUUAUCACUCAUAUUGGUGCUGCAUUCUCUAGAGAUCAACCAGAAAAAAUUUAUAUCCAAGACUGUAUUAGGGAGAAUCUUGCUGAGUUAAAAACUGCUAUGAUUGAUCAAGAAGGGUCCUUUUAUUUAUGUGGUCCUACUUGGCCUGUUCCUGAUAUUACUCAGGCUCUACAAGAUAUCAUUGCUGCCGAUGCAGAAGAAAAAGGUGAAAAGGUUGACUUAAACGCUGCCAUUGAGGAGCUGAAAGAUACUUCCAGAUAUAUUCUUGAAGUUUACUAA